AUGGACGAAUUCCUCAAAUUUUGCCCGAAACGAGAAUUUUCAAAAAUACUGCAGUACAUUGAUACACUUGCUUAUACGAGUAUUCCAGACUAUUCUUAUCUUUACUUAUGUCUCAGACACGCUGCUCGGGUAUGA